UUUUCUUAUUUAGAUCUUGUAUCACAUACACUUAUACUUGUUAGUCAUCGCUAUUGCUCCUGUUUCUGGAUGAUGUAGAUGAUAGACGAAAGAAUCUUAACGCAGCAGGUCGUUGACGUGUACUUCUACGUGAAAGUAGCAAAUCCAAUUCGAAUUUACGUAUUAAUUUGCGAAGAUUAAUUAAAUCUUUUUUUGUGAAGAUUAUUUGAUUUUGAAGAAAAAAUAGAAAGCGUACUAGUCUAGUCAUCUUUCGUUGCGCAGAAAGAAGAUGCCAGGUGAGACUCACAGGAUGUGCCCUAGCCUGCUGUGGCUCGUCCUCGUGAUCUGCUUUGAUCUCUUUUUGAGAAUCGUUCAUGCUACUGCGCCCAUACCAAGACAGGCGCCCCUUCCGAUCCAUUAUCAUGGUGCGCAACCGAGGACGUCGCAAGAACUAGUGGCUGACAAAGAAGAUCAUGCUGAUUCAGAUUCAGAAACCCCUGAGGAGGGGGACGCAAUGUCGAGGCGGUCCCUCGCCGCGAGUGCUCCCACUUGUCCAGAGCUACACAGUGGGUCUUCGUGGGGGCCCUUGCGCAUUGGCUACGAACUGACCUCUUUGGGCGGCAAUGCGAAUUCCGCUAGUACGCAAAAUUUCUUUAAAUUUCUGGAGGAUCCUCUUUUGAAGAACAGCUUCGGCUACUGGUCUCGUGCCUUGUCCAGUCGGCGAUAUUCGACCACCUCUCCGAUCGACCGAGACGCUGCCAUGGCAGCCUGUGGUAUAAGGGGACCGGCAAAGCGAUCGCUCUUCGUGGACAACGUCGAUGUUUACCUGUUCAUCGAGGUGGACGACACCUCGAUUUGCGGCACGAGCACGGUAGGUGGGACGCUAGCGGCUGCAAGUAGCUGUUACAUUGACCAGUGCGGGCGCCCAGUAGCGGGUGCGAUCACGCUGUGCACCAACAGUGGCUACGCCGACCUCUCCGUGGAGCGCAACCUUCAUUUUAACUACGCGAAUGUCAUUCACGAAAUCGCACACGUGCUGUUCUUUUUCGACCUCUUAUGGCCAAAUUUUGUCAAAGACGAUGGUAACUUGCAGAUCACGGACCGCCGAUACUUCAAUUACGACUGCUACGGAAGAUGGGAUGUACCCUACAACACCGGGAGAAGAUGGUACUUUAUAUUUAUUCUGAACAAGAACUCAUAUUUUUUUUAUAUUGAUUUGUCGCCUGUUUGUUAAACAAAAUAUGGAGCCGCAUGUACAAUGCAAAAAUGCAAUGCAAUGCAAUGCAUUGCAAUACUUGCAUUGCAAUACUACUUGCAGUUGCAUUGCAAUACUUGCAUUGCAAUACUUGCAUUGCAAUACUUGCAUUGCAAUACUUGCAUUGCAAUACUUGCAUUGCAAUACUUGCAUUGCAAUACUUGCAUUGCAAUACUUGCAUUGCAAUACUUGCAUUGCAAUACUUGCAUUGCAAUACUUGCAUUGCAAUACUUGCAUUGCAAUACAAUACAACGCAAUACCAUACAAUGCAACCCAAUACAAUACGAUACAAGCGAGCGAGUUCCGUAAUAAAGAACCGGCCUACAUAUUUUCCGCGUAGUUACCGGCGUAGGGGGGAGCUCUUAAUCUCCUUAACAACUACGCCAAUCCAAUGCAAUGCAAUAGAAUGCAAUGCAAUAGAAUGCAAUGCAAUAGAAUGCAACGCAAUGCAAUGCAAUGCAAUGCAAUGCAAUGCAAGGCAGAACGCAACUCAGAAUGCAACUAACCGCGCGCGGAAUUCAGUGAUGAGCGUGAAACUUUGACAAGGAAUCGGUUGCGCCUUACCUUCACACUUUCGCUUUCCGUUCUUCUACGAUUGAUCAUGGAGGUGCUCUUUGCUGUUGAUCAAGAAUGAAUGGCUAACGUCUUUCGACUUCAGACCUGUUGAUCGAGAAAAUAAUGCUAAUAUCGAAGUAUCUUUCAACUUUAGGUGGUCGGGAUAUUUUGCGAAAUCUCCAGCGUUGCCGGAUGGUCUUGUUGGUACUGCCACUUACGGAAAUUUCGAAAUGUCUGGGUGCUCGUGCCCGUACGGAAGCUAUUCACAGCAUACAUCCUUUUCCGGCAGCAAUUUUGGUAAGUGCCUGACGGAUCACCCUCAUUGCCAAUUUGAAAUCCGGUCGCCCAAGGUUGUGCAGAAAGCUCGUGAGUACUUCGGCUGCCCUACCUUAGCCGGUGUUCCGCUCGAAAACACUCCGACGUCACGGUGUAGCGCAAUGGGGAACCAUUGGGAGCAGCGCAUUCUAAACAACGAGAUGCUCGCGGCGACCGGAGGUCCAGAUGACGCGACCUUUGUGAGUUCGAUCAGUUUGGCUUUCGCGGAAGACACUGGGUGGUUUCGCGCGGACUAUAGUCGUGCGACCAAAUUGAUUGAAAACCUACACUGGGGCUAUCUUAAGGGUUGUCCCUUCGUGCAGGACACAUGCGUGAAACACUCGGCGAGUGUGCUGCCAAGCCCCGUCUCUAUGGACACGUUUUGCGCCAACGAGAGAGACACAGGAUGCGCACCAACACGCACGGGGCGCCAGUUGGGUUUUUGCUCCUUAGUGACUGACUUGAGUGAUCUGGAUCCCGAAUACGACUAUUUCCCGUCCUCUACCACGACAGGUGGAGGCUUCGAGAUCCUGGACCAUUGUCCGCGGCGUUUUGCCUAUGCGCGAGGCACCGGCGACUGCCAGAGCACGAAUGCGCACCUCUCGAGCGUCCUCUUCAACGCGCGCCACAGCACCAGUCGCUGCUUCCACGCUUUAGCCACUGUGACAGGCAGUACGGCUACUGUGUUCAAAUCCACGAACACACUGACCGGAGAGCUGGACUUCGUACUGCCCACGUGCUACCGCGUGGACUGCGGAACCGAUGGCUACGACGUGUAUGGCAAAUUGGAGACGGGCUCGAGAGCGGAGGUAAAAAUCGCUCGAUGCGAUAAGAGCGGCAAUUUCGUGGCAAACUCCAACUCGCUGAGCAGCAGCCUGAAGAACACGCAAAUUCUCCAGUGCAACAGCUUCGACGAGAUGUGUAACCGCGUGAAGUCCGCGCACCUCUACGGCGGGCUGCACGAGGACGAACGGAACCUCGCGAAUGCCGACAGCCUUUACCCCGUGGCGCCCUUCUACGGAAGUUCGAGCGAGACUUGCUUGGGCAAACGGGGAAGCGCAAGCGAAUGCCCGACAUACUGCGCGCACUUUUUCAAGGACUACUGCGGCACUAAGAGCGGGAUGUGCGUCAGCAGCGCGUGCAAGACGUGCAUGGACGCCAAUAGUUGCACCCAACGCGAUUGCCGACAGAGUAAGUGCAGCGACGUGUGUCCUACCUGCGCAACUGCAACGACGGACGACUGCAGCACAUUGUAUGUUUGGGGCUACACGCCCGCGUACUGUCCGUCGGCGUGCUCGACUUACUACGCGCGAUUCUGCAGCACCGACAGCGGGCCAGGCAUGUGCGUUGACGCAGCAUGCUACGAAUGCGACACGGCGUGCGUUUCAAAGUACUUGGCUAACAUCUUUUUCGACAUUCAGACAUGCUGGGCAAGCUGUGAGACGUGUCCAAGUGGAUCCCUCUGUGCGGGAACUGCCGUGGCGAGCACUCCACACUUCGAUCCAAGCUGGCAGAGUAGUACUUCCACUACCGCUGCGCCUUUCUCCAGUACCCACAACCCAACGACACCGAGCAGUUUCGAUUUCUCCUCGUCGAGUUCGACUACCGAUCCAAGCAGUUCCAGUACCAGCACAACGUCGUCCACCACACCCUCCGGUGGUUUCUCAUCGCCCAGCUCCUCCGCACCCACGACGACCUUUGAUCCCAAGAAUGUACCAACAGAUUGUGAGAGGAUUUACGCGCUCGAUGCCGUGCCCUACCCGAAAUGUCCAGACGCUUGUGAAUCGCACUACGCGGACUUUUGCCAGCCCCUCGACGGUCCGGGGAUGUGCGUCGCCGCCACCUGCAAGUUUUGCGACCAGAAGUGUAUGCACGACGCCAUCGCAGGGUCGUGGACCAGCCAGAGGUAUCAGGACUGCUAUCAGGCCUGCGACACCUGUCCACAUUGGGGAACCUACUGCAGCAGCACUGCAUUGGCUGCAGUGACGAUAAUCACCAAAGCGGACAUUGAUGCGCUGAUGACGGCUGGUAGUGUGACGCAAAACAACAGCUCAAGACCGGACUCGCGCUCAGCGUCGGCUGCAUCGUCCACCUCGACCACGACUACGACGCCCUUGCCAGCAUCAUCUGGCGCAUCGGGAAGUGGUUCGUCUGCCACACCGACCUGGCGGGACUGCGACCUCGACUGUCCCAGCGUCUCCGGUUCAUUGGCACUAACCAUGGCUAGGAGUAUCACCACCACAGAUUCCACCGCGCUGACCACAUUAUUGAGUCCCAGUAUCGGCAAGGCGCUCGCUGCCACUCUGGGUGUUGAGAAAGGACAGGUGAACAUCAUCAACGUGCGCAUUACUGGAACGUCAGGUGGUUCACGAAUGCGCCGGCGAGCUGGCGCACAAGAGCGACUCGAAGGCGAAUCUAGUAGUGGAAGUCUUGCUACAAGUACGAUUGGUGAAAAUGAUCCUGGUGAAAAUGCUCCUGUUUCGGUUACAAUCCAUGGCACUUCUUUGGAUAAGACCAAUAGAAGUGUGUUCAAAGGCCCUGAACCACCUAUGAAUCGGUUGCGCCUCUCCGGAUUCGCUCGUCCGUUGAUCGCACUUGACGGAGAUGCAGAUGAAGAUCACAACAUUGUCGAUGCAGCUGACCAUGAGCACAGCCGAGUUUCUGUAAUAGAUCCAUAUACGAGCAGCAGUCACCAUACGGUGUUUCACAGAGCAAGUCGAAGCUUUCCUGAUGGGGACCAGCUGGAUAUUCGCCGUGACGACAUUCACCCAAAUGAAAGGACGCUGGGGAACGAUCCUGCAACUGGUGUUGCGAUAGUUACGACAGUGAUUCGAGACGGGCAGACACACCACAACAAGGACACUGCGCACCGUCACAAGGCGCGGGUCCCAUCAGCUGAAGGAGGCGACGUUCAUCACGAUGAUCAUCAACUUGAUGGUCACCAAAAUGACAUCAAGCAGACAGAGACCACGAGUAGCAAUAAUGGCUGGCAGCCAGCGUUUUCUUUCGGAACUGGCGGAUACAGUUCAUCGUGGAGUAGCACCUAUGCAGACCGUCACGGACACGAUGAUCACCAUCAUGACGACCAUCACCAUCUUAGGCGAAAAACCGAAGAAGCCCUCGCCCUUCCACCAGGAAGAGAUGUUACAGCUUCUCGUGAUGUUCCGUCUCUUCAGCAAGCAACCCAUUCAUCUGCUCAGGCACGAGCCCAAAAAGUGCUACGGAAGUUGGAGACUACUUCUGGCAAUAAACUGGAGGCGAUUUACGAGGUGCGCGUUGCCACAAAUGGUGCUGCCGACUCCUUACUGAGCACGCUGUACACUGUACCAGGAACCACAAUGACCUCGAACCUGCAGACAGAACUCGUCUCAUCGUUAGGCGCUUCUUAUUCGGUUAGUGCAGUGUCAGAGGGAAGCGUCGCGCCAAUGACGUACCAUCCGCCUACAUCAUCCUCAGCGUCGCAUGGGAGUCAGCAGAGUGGCCAAGGCAAUGAGGGAACACAAGUGAGUGCGGUGGACCAAUCACUGCCCACCGGGGGGAACCUGCAGCCGACAACGAUCCAACUGGAUCUCUAUGAUGGCGCGACUUCCGCCGCAAAAAGGACCAGGACAGUCACCCCUGGAUGGAUCCUGACUUUUAUUUCGUUUUUCUUGAUGUCCUGCAUCAGCACUGUAUUUGGGCCUGAGGCGCCGACGGUAUUCGCACAUCGAAUGAUGCGGUCAUGGUGAUCGUUGUUGAAGUAGUCCGCCCAGUGAUCUUCGCAGCACAGCCUCGCGACAGCGCCAACGAGCUCGAACGUCAAGCGAGCCGAAUGCGCACGCGGCGGUGGCCCCCAUGGUAAUUUCCUCAGAAUUGAGAGGCAUUGCGUUCUUCAUAGAAGAGAUAAAGAGAAUAUCGCUCCUUAAUAUUCUUAGUAUUAAUUAGUAAUAGUCUUCAGAAUGUAAUAAGACAACGAGUUAUUCUUACAUUUGCUCGUCUAGAGACGAUGGUAAGAAGGAAUCAAUACUCCCCCAAAAACGCUAUCUUUCAAGCUUGGUGUUACAGUUACCGUUAGUAUCGAGCCAGCGAUAAUUUUGAAACCCCGGAUCCAUCCCAUCUCCUACGAGUUUGAUGAAUUCAUUUACCCGGCAUGCAAGUAAAAAGGUAGUAUGUAGUACUUAACAAAAGUAGUAAAAACAUUGAAUACAAAAAGAGAACUUAUCUGACUUUUUAUAGAUGAAUUUGAGCCAGAGCCACUCCGGAGCUUUUGUUGUCCUGUAAGUCUAUGAGCGGAGCUACAACUACGAGCAUUACAUGAUCAUGAAUUCCAUUUGGAGAGAAUACAUAGGACUACUCCGAAUUCCAUAUCCAUAUGGAGUUAGUCGAUAUUUUUUUAUGAACCGACUCUGGCGAUGUGAGCAGUUCUGAUAGACCUUGGGGUGUUCACUCCCUCGGUCGAGCGAUUGCUUAUCAGAUCGGCUAGUUGCUGGAGGCGCCUUUUGUCUCCAGAGAGAGAGAUGGCACUUAGGUGGUAU